AUGCAUUUAAAGAUAGUAAUACUAGUAGCAGCUAUGGCAGCUUUGGGAGCAGCAAGUGCUCAAAAAGAGUCAAACUGUGAAAGGUCAUGUGGCAAUGUGAGUAUUGUGUUCCCUUUUGGUUCAGGUGAGGGAUGCUACUACAGUUCUGAUUUCCUUGUAACUUGUAACCGAUCAUCUGGGGAGCCAAUAACGUUCUUGGGAGAAAGCAAAAACAAUAUUGUUAUUUCAAACAUGUCAGCUGAUACAAGUGAGAUGGAGAUUAUGAUGUUUGUAGCCAGUGAUUGCUACAACAUCUCUGGUCCAAGUGAUAGGAGGCGUGCAUUUUUGACAUUGGCUGUAACAGACAGGGAUAUCCAGAUCUCAGCCAAGAACAAGUUUAUUGCCAUUGGUUGUGACACGCAUGCAUAUUUUAAUGGAACAAGAGGGAAUGUGUCUGUUGGUACAGGUUGCAUUUCUAGAUGUGGUAGCAACACGCUUGUUACAAAUGGAUCUUGUUCGGGUGUUGGGUGUUGUGAAGUAGCAGUGCCAGAAGGAAUGAACUCCUUUCGCAUGAGUCUAAGCAGCUAUAAUAACCAUACAAAUAUAACUGACUUCAACCCUUGUAGCUAUGGCUUUUUUGUACAAGAAGGGAAGUUCAGUUUUUCUACCACUAAUUUGCUUAAUUUUCAAAGCCGAAAGGUGCCUAUGUUACUUGACUGGGGAAUUGGAAACUCGACUUGUGACAUAGCAAAAAAGGACGUGGAUAAAUUCUUAUGCAGGGAAAACAGCAUAUGUGAUAAAACUUAUAAAGGUCGUGGAUAUCGCUGUAACUGCAGUGAAGGCUAUGAAGGCAAUCCUUAUGUUCGCUGUAAUAAUGUUGAUGAGUGUCAAAAAGAAGAUCAUGGUUGCGUACAUAUAUGCAGUGAUACACCAGGAAACUAUACAUGUAAAUGUCGAAAAGGUUAUUCUGGAGAUGGAAGGAAAGAUGGAACAGGCUGCACUGCAGAUCAAUCAAUGCUUAUAAAGAUUUCAGUAGGUUCCUCAUUUGCUGCCAUCGUUCUGAUUGUGUUUGUUAAUUGGUUGUAUUUCGGACUCAAGAAACGUAAACUUAUGAUCCUCAGAGAAAAAUUCUUUAAGCAAAAUGGUGGAAUCCUGUUGCAGCAACGAAUUUCUGGGGAUGGUGGAUCUAAUGAUCAAGCAAAAGUGUUCACUAUAGAGGAGCUUAAGAGGGCAACCAACAACUAUCAUGAUAGCAAGAUUAUUGGUAAGGGUGGCUAUGGCACAGUUUAUAAAGGAGUACUAUCAGAUAGCAGAACAGUUGCCAUAAAGAAGUCCAAACUAGCUGAUCAAACCCAAACCCAGAUAGAGCAAUUUAUUAAUGAAGUGGUUAUCCUUUCUCAAAUCAAUCAUAGAAAUGUGGUGAAGCUGAUUGGUUGUUGCCUGGAAACAGAGGUCCCAUUAUUGGUUUAUGAGUUCAUUCCAAAUGGAACUCUCUCUGAUCACAUCCACAACAAAGGCAAGUCAUCGGCUAUUACAUGGGACAUCAGACUUAGAAUAGCAACAGAAACAGCUGAAGCUCUUUCCUACUUACACUCUGCUGCAUCAGUCCCAGUCAUCCAUCGAGAUGUGAAGCCAAUGAAUAUACUCUUGGAUGAUAGUUUUGUAGCAAAAGUAGCUGAUUUUGGAGCAUCAAGGCUUGUUCCUAUGGAUCAGAUUGAGCUGGAGACAAUGGUGCAAGGAACACUAGGCUACUUAGAUCCUGAAUAUAUGCAGACGAACCAGCUGACAGAUAAGAGUGAUGUUUACAGUUUUGGGGUAGUGUUAGUGGAACUGAUGACUGCAAAAAAAGCUCUUAGCUUUGAUAGGCCAGAGGAAGAGAGGAACCUAGCCAUGCAUUUUCUAUCUUCUUUAAAACAGGGACGACUCUUCCAGAUUCUUGAUGAACAGCUGCAGAAAAAUGAUGAUCAUAACGAGAUCAUCAAAGUCUCAACACUAGCAGCAAGAUGCUUACAUGUUCAAGGAGAUGAAAGGCCUACCAUGAAGGAAGUAGCUAUGGAGCUGGAAGGAAUAUUGGCAUCAUUGAUACAAAAGCAUCCGUGGGUGGAAAGUACUUCGAAUGAAGAGGAAGUGGAGUAUUUGCUUAAAGGACCAACUGAUGACUACGAAUGCACAGAGGGGGCAACUGGAAGUUCAAGUACAUUUGAUAGCAUGAACAAGCUUACAAUAUUACCUAUUGCUAGUGGCAGGUAACAGUAGAUACUU